AUGCCUAUCAUCAAGCCUGCCACAACCUCUCCCGGAGCACCGCAGCAACACAACCAAAAAUCUAGAAAGGGAAAGAAGGCGUGGAGAAAAAAUGUAGAUGUCACCGAUAUCCAAGAUGGCCUCGAAGAAGUGCGGGAGGAGAUCCUCACUGGUGGUGUUGUUGCUGAGAAAGCAUCUUCCGAACUCUUCAUACUCGACUCUACCGGCGAUGUUGGUAUUCAGAGAAACGUUCUCAAAGGCUCCAAGCCCCUCAAAGCCGAUGAGAUUAUCGCACAACGAUCUGUCAUACCCGCCGUAUCCAUGAAGAAGAGAGCUGGCGAGAACACUACCGACGGAAUCCUCGAACCCAAACGCCAAAGAACGAGCUACGUCUCCCACAAAGAGCUUACUCGUCUUCGCAAGGUUGCCAAUGGUCACCAGGGCCAGCCAACUGUGGAGGUUUCAGAAGCCAGCUACGAUCCAUGGGACGUGCGGAAGGACAUGGAAGAGGCGGCAAUUGAUCCCAGAUUUUCCUUCCUCGAGAAGUCGAGAAAGAAAGUCGCCCCGCCAACUUUGAAGCACAAGCCUAUUUCUCUUGCGGCCAGCGGGAAGGAUAUACCAGCAGUCAAGAAACCAGAAGGCGGAUUUAGCUACAACCCUAUGUGGGAUGACUACGAAGGACGGCUUAUAUCAGAAGGCGAUAAGGCACUUGCGGCGGAGGAGAAACGUCUCGCGAUUAUUGAAGCCGAGCGUGUCAAGCAAGAAGCGGCCUCAAAGUCGGCAGCUGAGGCAGAAGCUGCUGAAGCGAGGGCAGAGAUGUCGGAAUGGGAAGAGGAAUCUGGCUGGGAGGGUUUCGAGAGCGGGACUGAGGAUGUCAAGUUGAAUGCCAAGAGACCAGAGAGAAAGACACAGGUGCAAAGGAACAAGAUCAAGCGCCGGAAGGAGGAAGAGCGAAAGGCGAAGAUGGCUGCAGAAAUUAAGAAGAAGAAUGAGCAGGCGUCGCAAAUCAAGAAGAUUGCGAAGGCUUUGGCGGAAAAGGAGGCGCUGAAGAUGGCUGCUGUUGAGAACGAUGAUAGUAGCAGCGAGGGUGAUGACUUGGAGCUGCGCCGGAGAAAGCUGGGAAAGAUUUCAUUGCCGGAGCGAGAUCUAGAGCUCGUCCUUCCUGAUGAGUUGCAAGAAUCGCUGAGAUUGCUGAAGCCAGAAGGGAAUCUGUUGAAGGAUAGAUACAGAAGCCUUCUGGUUCGGGGCAAGGUUGAGAGCCGACGCCCGAUCAGCUUCGCGAAGAAGGCGAAGCGGAAGGCGACCGAGAAGUGGACACACAAGGAUUUCAUGUUACACUGA